AUGUUCCCUCCUGCAGACCGGAUUCACUCGUGGGCGAAAGCUCACGCAUCUUCUAGCGGCCUGCCAGAUCAGACUCCCUCCCAACAGGCCGCCGACCCUGUUAAUGCCGAAAAACCUCCUCAACAUGGACAAGUGAAUGUGCCAGUGGAGGACCCUACUCCGGGGUCCGCCACGGAAACCAACUCAAAGCCGGGUCUUCUGAUCCGUAUGCGAAAUGGCUCCGGCCGUUUCUACCACCAUACCGCGGACGCUAUCUGCCACAGCUGGAUUAAUGUCUUGCUGAUAUUCGUACCGGUCGGUAUUGCCUGUGAGGCCGCGGGUCUCGACCCAGCCAUCAUCUUCGCGAUGAAUGCAGUGGCCAUCAUUCCCCUGGCUGGACUGCUCAGUCAUGCCACAGAGAGUGUCGCCAGUCGUCUGGGUGACACCAUCGGAGCUUUGAUCAACGUCACCUUUGGAAAUGCAGUCGAAUUGAUCAUCUUCAUCAUCGCUCUGGUCAAGAAUGAGAUCCGCAUCGUUCAAGCGUCUCUUCUCGGCUCCAUUUUGGCCAAUCUGUUGUUGAUCAUGGGCAUGGCUUUCCUCGCUGGUGGCCUUCGCUUCCGAGAACAGAUUUACAACAGUACCGUCACUCAGAUGAGUGCUUGUUUGCUCAGUUUGAGUGUGGUCAGUCUCCUGUUGCCCACUGCUUUCCACGCCUCGUGGUCGGAUAGCGACAAUGCCGAUCGCGAGACGCUCAAAGUCAGCCGGGGCACCAGUGUCGUUCUUCUGUUGGUAUAUAUUCUCUACAUCAUCUUCCAGCUGAGAACACACUCGUAUCUCUACGCCAGUAUCCCCCAGGCCAUCAUUGACGAGGAAUCCAAACCCGGUGUUCUGGCAGAAUUCUUGAACAGCUCUUCGGACUCCUCAUCUAGCUCCAGUGAUGAGUCGGAUGACACUACGACUUCCUGGACCACUGCCAAACGGAUCAAAAGAGCAAUGAAGUAUCGCAGACACCGAAAGUCAAGUACAAGCUCUAAAGGGACAAUAUCUCGUAACUCCUUCCAAAAAAGGGCUAUGGCAUCGACUUCUAAUGAAAACCAUGGCUCUAUCUCCAAUUCCAUUGGCAGCAAUGAACACGCCAUUGAGCAUAGUGAUGCCGACGACGAUGUUCAGUCCUCUUCCGCAGUCCGUUCACGCGACUUUGGUUUGGCUUUGAGCCAAAUGGACAGCAAAGCGAGUAAGAAGUCGAAGAAACGGGAUCACAAAGGCCGCAAGGCCCGGAAAGCAGAGAAGAAGGCUCGGAUCGUGGCACCCGAGGAUAGUGGUCCCUCGUUGGAUCAAGGCCCGGCCCUCAAUGGGUUCCCAUCCUCUCCUAACGUCGCUGGCCCUGGAUGCGUAGGGGAUGAUCCCCGGAAACGCCGUUCUCCUUUCGGCCCUAUUCCGUCUCUGCUGUCCAACACUGUUUUCAGCUCCCAGUCACCAGUGGUUUCACCCCGUAUUGGGACCACUGCCUCGCGCCCAGGAAUUUCUCGCAGCAACUCACUCCCCGCACAUAUCAGUCGUCCUCCGCCGGCCGGAAACGCAGUGCAGUUCGCCCGUGGUGCUUCUCGUCUAACCGAGCCGAAUGAUGUCGUGGGUCCGGAGAUAGCUUCUCAAGCCCCGGAACCCAUAAUGUCACGUACCGCUGCUGUUGUCAUGCUUCUGCUGUCCACUGCUUUGGUGGCUGUUUGUGCUGAAUUCUUGGUUGACGCUAUUCCCGAAAUGAUCGCCAGCUCAAACGUCAGCGAAGCUUUCAUUGGUCUCAUUAUCCUGCCCAUCGUCGGCAAUGCAGCUGAGCAUGUUACUGCCGUCAGUGUUGCCACUAAGAACAAGAUGGACCUGUCGAUUGGUGUGUCUGUUGGUAGUAGUAUUCAAAUUGCUAUUUUCGUCACACCACUAGUCGUCAUCCUGGGCUGGUGUAUGGACAAGGACAUGUCUCUGUACUUUACACUCUUCGAGACUAUCUGUCUCUUUGUGACCACCUUCGUUGUCAACUUCCUCGUCUUGGACGGCCGAAGCAACUAUCUAGAGGGUGUCCUCUUAAUUGCGGCCUAUAUCAUUAUCGCCCUAUCUGCGUUCUUCUACCCGCCCAGUACGGAAUCAAGUGUUAUCGCAGGCUCAGGGGCAUAG